AUGGGGAAAAAACGAACUUGUUCAAUCGAUAUUGCUCCAGAUCUAGUCAAAGAGAUAUUAUUGAGGCUUCCCCUGAAAUCUCUGGUAAAAUUCAAAACUGUGUCAAAAGAAUGGAGAUCGAUACUAGAAUCAAAGAGUUUCAUCGAGAUGCAUCUGAAUUUUCAGAAAUACGUCAAGAGACGCCAGAAAAUCUUGGCUGCUUACAACUGUGACUGCUGCGACCGGCCGAAUCUCCCGCCCGAGACAGGAUCCGAAGGCGACGAAGAUCUUCAGUGCAACACUUCUCGACCUUUGAUGAGUUGCGACGGUUUGGUAUGUCUCCCCGAACCAGGUUGGGUCAAUGUCAUGAAUCCAUCGACUGAUGAACUCGUGAGAUUUCCUUCCGGUCCAGAUCCAGUGUCUCAUUACGUCCGCCCUCGCCAUGUUGGGACUCUAGUACCGUAUUUGACUUAUUUCCCGGGAUAUAGGGCAAUGGGAUUCGGUAGAGACAAAGUGACGGGGAGCUAUAAAGUGGUGAGGAUGUCUUUUGAUCCUACGGAAUGCGAUGUUCUCUCGGUUGAAAAUGGUGAAUGGAGGAGACCCCUUACAGGAUCGAUAUGGGGAGAAGAUCGGCUUGUGUGA